AACAUCUCCAUAGCCAGCUUUUGAUUUUCAACUACACUUGGUCUUUAAUCUUCUUUCCCAGUGGGCAACCAAAUUAAUAACCAUGCACCCUCUCCUACAACCAGAUCAGUGUCCAAUUCUUGAGUCUUAAGGAGCAUGCAUGCUAUUACCCUAAAAAAGAUCAUCCUCCAUAUGAUUGCCACGAGCAAUUAUAAAAGGGUAGCUAGCCACCAAUAACACUUGUCUCUGCAGCUAGGCCCUCUUCUCCCUUCUUCUCCUAAACUACUCUAGUGCUAGCUAGCCAGUGCAUGGUCAUAUCCAUCUUCUAUCUAUAAGGAGUGUGAGCUGCACCCCCCUAGGGGUUCAUCGAUCAUACUCAGAUAUAGAAGCUCCGAGGUGACCAACAAUGUCACGCAGGAAAGCAGCAGCAGCAGCAGCAGCAGGUGGGCUCAUGUCGGCCAUGGAGGAGGAGACAACUGAUCAAGAGCUCAGGCGAGGCCCCUGGACCCUCGAGGAGGACAACCUCCUCAUGAGCUACAUUACUUGCCACGGCGAGGGCCGCUGGAACCUCCUCGCCCGAUGCUCCGGGCUGAAGAGGACGGGGAAGAGCUGCCGGCUACGGUGGCUGAACUACCUGAAGCCGGAUAUCAGGAGGGGUAACCUGACGGCGGAGGAGCAGCUGGUCAUCCUGGAGCUCCACGCCAAGUGGGGAAACCGGUGGUCGCGCAUCGCACAGCACCUCCCGGGACGGACGGACAACGAGAUCAAGAACUACUGGAGGACCAGGGUGCAGAAGCAGGCGCGGCAGCUCAAGGUGGACGCCAACUCCGCCGUCUUCCGCGACGCGGUCCGGUCCUACUGGAUGCCACGCCUCCUCCACGACAUGGCCUCCGCCGCUUCCAUGGCCGCUCCGCCGCCGCUGGUGGCGGUGCAACAUGGCGGCGCGUCCUGCUCGCAGUCGCCGGCGGCGAUGAUCGGCACAGAGCAAAUGUGCUACUAUGCUGGCGGCGGGGUCCAGCCCAGCCCGAGCGUCUCAACGUCAGGAUCGACUGCGGCCGCAGCGGCGAUGCUGCCGACGCCGGUGCCCUGCUUCUCCGAGCUCAACUGGGACGACCAGUACUACUACCCUGAGAUCGAAGGUGGCGCCGGCGCCUUGGACUCUGCGGGGUUGUUGGGAAGCCUCGGCCUCGACGGGCUCGACCUAGGGCCCGCGGCAGAGUACUACUCUGACGCGACGCUCCUCGACUACCUCAACUCGAGCUGCACCGCCUCCGCCAUGAACACUAUCGUGAACGCCGGCAGCGGAAACUACUAUAACCACUGUGGAGGCGGCGCCAUGAUCGACGGUGAUCACCCCGGCUCCACAACGACGACAUGCCAACAGGCGCCGGCGAUGAAGCUAACGGGCGAGUGGGGAGGAGGAAGAAUCUAGAAUUAAGCUAAAAUUCUAGAAAGGUAGAUUAGCUAGUAAUUAAGCUGAAAUUAGCUCCGUCCAAGUGGAUGGAUGGCACUCUCCUACUCCUCUAGCUGCAUUGCUUCUCGCGAUGUCUCUCUAUAUAUUUAAGCCAGAUGUCAGUGGGUAAUGGAGCUCA